GUCAACGUCAUCAAAUUUCUCGUUUGUAAUAUGAAAAUUUUUUCAGGCUCAAAAGAUACGUCCACAUAUUAUAAUGCUGGAGCUGUCAAGUCGUUUCUUAACAGAAAGAAAGGUAACAAUGAUUAUUACACGGCUGAUAACACAUUUAAGGGAGGCUCCACCACGAAGAGUAACGGAAGCCAGGACAGUGUCAAACAAACUAGCAAAAAGAGCGAGGCUGUUGUAGUGAAGAAAAGUGGCAAGAAAAUUGAUAAGGAACGAGUGAUGAACUCGAUUAUUAACAAUGAGCUGAAGAAGAAAAGUAUUGGAAUACCAUGGUCGAAUUACAUCGCCUUUAUGGGGGUGACAAAUUUGGCGGAUAAGAGCGAUGUGGACGGAACACCCACCUCAUCUCACUGCAAGAGCGCCAAAUGCAAAUGUUCCUGUAAUAAACCCAUUACGGUUGUGUCGAGAAAAUCGAGUAUUUUAAAGUGUAGUGAAAAAUUUAAGCAGAAGCUAAGACAGAGGUGCGCUAAAGAAAAGUUUGUAAUGACAAAAGUGCGCCCCAGACGGGAUAAGAAAUCCGACAUUGAAGUUUCAACAAAACAAACAAAAUCGAUUAUAAUUAAGAAGAAGCCGGCGAAGAGUUUUAGUACCACGUCGAAAAGCAGCUUAAAAUCUGCACAAACGCAGGCAUCUGUAGAAAUACCCUCUGACCAACCGUCGACCUCGCAGAAGGGGACGCCCAAGACAGGGAAAUCGCACGUUGAAUUUCAUAAGUCCGCGUCAAAACUGAAGCAGCAUAAAAGCAUGUUCGACCUAGAGAACCUUGCCGUUUUGGAAAGAGCUUCGGUUACGUCUAGUAAGCACUCCAAUAGAAACAGCAAGGAUCAACUUGGUCACGCAUUUGGUUCGACAAUAUUUGGUCAUAAUGACCUUUGCCAAAUGUUGGUAAGCCCAAGUUACUUUACCGAACAGUGCUCAGGGGAAUUUAUGAGAGGAAAAUUAAGCGCGCAUGUAGAUGGUCAAAGUACGGAGAUUGUGCAAAAGGACGAAGUGAAACCAUUCGAGACGCACAAUGGGGAACCCUUCAGGGAGCAUGUGGUUAGCGUUGUUGAUUACGAUGAGCCCAACCAGGACUGCACACUGAAGGCUAUAACUGAAUUGAUCAGCGAAAUGGAGGUUGUUAAUGAUAUCCCGCCACCUAAUAAAACCGAUGCGUUGGAAAACAAGUCCAGUAGUGAGAAGGUUGAUCCUCAAACCAUCCCUGUGAUCACCGAUUCAAGUGACAGUGGUGCCAAUCAACCAAAAUUGGUAACUUGGAAGGACUUGCACGGUGAGCGUUUGCAAUCCACUAAUCUUGAAGAAACUGCACUAGUCGAUCAGUAUACCAAAUCUCGGACUGAAAGUGAGAAAAAGCGCAAAUCGGUUGAUGACGAUAUCUCUUUUGCGCACGCUUUGUGGAAGAGCAAAGUAACGUACCAGAUUCAAAAAGCCUUUGAGUGCGAUUCACUGGAAAACUUACCACUUUUUGUUGAAGAGAAGAGCAAAAAGGCACUGAGACACUUCAACGACUUUGAGAACUCGCCCACCUGCAACCACUUUAUUAUUUCCCAAUACAAAAAAUCGCCACCCAAACACAACCAUCCGCCGCUCCCCGAUUCCGACCCACCGAUGACCGAAGACUCACUGGAGGGAGAAAAGUGUAAAAAGGUCAACUUUUCACCACGUAAGGUGCUGAGAACCUACAAGCAGAGGUUGACACCUAAAUUGGACGAGGAUGUUAGCAAUUCCUCCAAGGAAUCCAUUCAAGCGGAGGAGCCGGUGAAAGUGAAGUCAAAGAAGAAGGUGCACUACUUAACCUAUCCCGUGCAAACUUUGUACAGCAAUCACCUGCCAAUCGCACCAAAGAAACCCCUACCUUCGAGGCUGCCAAUUCUACGCAAGAUUCCGAAGAAAGCGUCGAGGCCGCUUAAGAAAACUCGGCAGGUUGAAGAUAGUAAGAGCUUUGUAACACUCUCAGGUGACACAAGCGCUACGAGUAACGCUGACGAUAGGAGAUUGAAUGUGGGAAAAGGUAUAAAGGCACAAAGUGUAACGGAGAAUAAGCGACCAUUGCCUCCGAAGCAGAGUAAGGUCUACAGCAGAUCGGUGACGGAGGCUGCGCCUCGAGGUGUCCCGAAGAGACGAGCAGAGCUACGCAAAUUAAAGAGCAAGUUGCCAGUUUUGAAAGAAAGGGAUCGGAGCGACACUGACAGCGCAAGCCAAGCAACUGCGAUUGAAAUGACACCUCAACAUGUACAAGAGGUGGAGACACCACCAAAAGAGGGCGGGCAGAAGAAAGCUCUGGAUAGGUGUAAGAUUGAAGUUGUUAUACAUGGAGAGGAGCAAGUGGGCACCAUCAAAGAGCCUGUGGAUGACAAACAGACUUCCUCCACGGGUAUUGUGGAGGAAUGCCUUAAGCUCGAGACGGGAAACCAAACCAGCUGCCCUUGUAAUAAGGAGACUGGCACCAAGGUCACCAGUUUGACAUUAAUUGCUGUGACACAGACGGAAGAGAGCCAAGAAACACCGAUCGACGUCGAGUGCGCACCAGCCCAUGAGGCAGUAAAAAGUGAGGGAGUACCCUUACCCAGCAUCACCGUGUACAACAAAAGGUAUCUCGGUUCGGAAGUGUGUUUCGCAAAGGGCACCGCGGAUGUGAGGCACUUUUUGGAUAACAUAGAGGUAUUUAACUACAACCUCCGUUACGAAAAAGACCGUUCUAGAAGUGUUACCUUCACGGAGGCGUCGACCGAAAGCGAACACGGCGACCUCAGCUACUUGGACAGCGAUGACGAAAUCGAAUGUCACAGGCAUCAGCGCGGCUGGUUCAAACAGAAAUCCAGCUUUCUCAAAAGGAAACUUGCUAGUUACGGUCAGUCUACAGUUACAAUCGUGAGGGACUGCGCUUGUCAAAAUGAGGAGCUUGAGCAGAAGAAUACUAGGACGAAGUCUCCACGGUCCCAUCGUAGCCGUAUACCUAUUCCGGUGGUUCGAAGAACGCAAUGCGUAGAAAUUGUGCCGUCUGAAACAGAAAUUCAACCUACAGAUAAUGGAAGUGGAAGCGAUGAAAGCAUCCCAGUGAUUGAUGAGCCGAGUCAGAUGAUGUGGACCGUUACUGACAACGAGGGAGUGGACAUAAAGCGCUCAUUUACCAGCAGCGAGCCUCGCUUGAACAAUAAUCAUUCCAUGCCCAGUCUGAGCAGUUUGUUAGGACUAACUAGGCGUGAUGUGUCCACUACCUCGUCACUGAGCAACGCAAAGCGUGACCAGGCGUGUGAGAGUAAACCGUCGAAAGCUCACAAAAGUGUUGCGAGCCAAUUUUUUAAGGAGCGCAAACCCAAGGCCACCUACAAAAUCAAAAGUAAAGCGUCGAUUGAUUCGAUGUCGCGAGCCGCAAAAAAACACCACAGGGAACGCUUGAGCUCGCUGAUGGCGUCGUUCUCCCGCAAGCGCUCGAGCAAGGAGGCGCUCAAUAACGAAAAGUGUGACCGGAAAAAGUACUGGAAGGAAUUCGUCGCUUCUUUCCGCAGUAACAAGUCGACCUCUCGCGAGAAGCCAAAAAUCGUUGAUCAUUGUGAAUGUGGCAAGCGGAAACGAAAGUCUCGUGAAAAGGUGGCUAGGCCAGAGCAAAAACGAACAUCGGAACUUGAGCGCGAAGAAACACAGGAAUUUGAGCGGGAAGAAAGACCGGAUUUUGAAAAUCUUUACUACAGGCAGAUCCCCCAAGGCAACAUCAGCACUUACUACACCAUAUUUGCGCACGAUUGCGAAACCCCGAAGAGUAUCGAAAUACUAUACCCUGCCAAUGAGUUGAACACCACCGAAACCUGCGAAUCGGAAACGGUAACUAUCGCGGUUGCGAAGCACAGCAAGAUGUGCGUUAACGCGCGUACGCACUCCAUGGAGAUGCUCACGAAAGCGCACCACGAGGUGCCGAGAAGCAGGAGUGAGUACAUUGAAAGUGUGGGGCCAUUUGUGGACAACGCGUUUUGCGAUUAUGUGGUAAACGGCGGCAGCUCGUGUGAUUUUUUGAAUUACAACGAUAAAUUGCAACCGUACUAUCACUGUACGUGUGGGCAAAUACUCAAAAUUAAAGUAAUAAAAAAUUCUGAAACUUCGCUUUAA